AUGUCGCAACUACAAAGGCAUGAUGGUACAAUCGUUGAUGCACCACAUGAGAUGCAACAACUAACUAAAGACUUUUACUCUCACUUGUUUACACCGGACCCUGUGUCUAUGGAUUGUCAACACAAAUUACUUUCUAAUCUACCUCAACUUGAUGAUGAUUUAAAAGAGAAGUGCGACAUGGAUCUCAGUUUUGAAGAGCUUACUGCGUCUGUAAAAUCAUUUUCUUCAGGUACAUCUCCAGGCCAGAGAGAAGCUAACUUGUCCAAAGCUGAGAUGGAGGUUGACGACGUUCUCGUACUUUUCGGCGACUUCGAUGUGUAUCACAGUAUCAUGUUCUGUUUGGUCGCCCUCCCGGGUAAUUUGUUUAGUGUGUGGCACAUGAUGGCCACGGUAUUCCUCACUGCGGUUCCCGACACGUACCACUGUACCAUCCCAGACGGCUCUUCUUUGAACGAGUCUAUUCCAAUUAUCGACAUAGAUGAGAAUGGAGAUCCGGUGUAUGACUCGUGUUCCAUGUACGUCAACUCAUCGGUUGAUAACUCCACAACGGAAUGCACGGAUGGUUGGCAUUAUGAAAAACAAUUUGAAGAGUCGAUCGUCACAGAGUGGGAUUUAGUGUGUGAAGACGCUUUUUUAGCACAAUUAUCGCAGGUCAUAUUCAUGACAGGCGUCAUGAUUAGUUCGUUCGUGGCCGGUCAUCUCUCCGACCGGCAUGGCAGAAAGACUGUGUUUAUUAGUUCUCUGUGGUUGCAGGCUAUCUUUGGAUCACUAACCGCAUUCUCGCAAUAUUAUUCCGUUUUCUGUUGUCUUCGUUUCGUUGUUGGAUUGCUGGAAGAGGGCGUUUUGAAUAUUCAGUUUGUCAUUGUAACGGAAAUGUUCCCGCCACAUAAACGCACCUAUGCUGGUUUUCUAGACUGUAUGUGCUGGGCUGUCGGAAUGAUGCUGCUGGCCAUAAUUGCUUAUGUAUUUCAACACUGGAGGGCGUUUCAAUUGGUCAUCUCAGCUCCUGCGUUGCUGACGUUUUAUUAUUACUGGGUACUACCGGAGUCUAUGCGAUGGCUCGUGUCAAAUGGGAAAGUUCAAGAUGCAGAAACAAUUCUAUAUACUGCAGCAAAACUAAACAGUGUAAUUUUACCCGAAAACAUCUUGUCUAUGGAGUAUACUAAACCAACAAAUCAAGAUGAGAAAUCAAAUGAAGACCACAGUGCCACACCUCGGAAUGAUGGUCAAAGCAUAGAUGUUGUAAGAGAUAAUGCCAACGACGCAGAAGGGGAUCGGGAGGCGGUGGUAGCUGCCGUAGAUGGCGAAACAGACAUCGGUAACUCAAAGCUGGAGACAAUAUCAGAAGACCCAACUUUCACGUUCUUUGAUUUACUCAGAACGCCGACGAUGGCGCUGCACACUCUGAUAAUGAGCCUUUCAUGGUUUAUAUGUAGUUUGGUCUACUACGGACUGUCUUAUAAUACUGCUAAUUUUGGAGUGAAUGUGUAUACAUUGUUUUUUCUCACCGGAUGCGUGGAAAUUCCUGCAUAUGCUCUCAGUAUGAUUGUGAUCGUUCGUUUCGGGCGUCGCUGGCCGACGUUUCUGUUUAUGUUGACAAGUGGAACUGCCUGCACAUGUCUUGCAUUUAUACCCACAGAAACAGAUGAGGGCGCUAGUUUGGAUGUUCUUCGAGUUAUCAUUUUACUGUUUGGGAAGUUUGGUAUUACUGGUGCGUUUGGCACGAUUUAUGUAUGGGUGGCAGAACUUUUUCCAACACUGCUCCGUAAUAAAGGACUUGGUGUAUGUGCUUUCUGUGCCUGUGUAGGCGGUGUAAUAGCGCCUCUAACGGUAUAUGUGGCAUAUUAUAAUAUUGCAAUACCGAUGGCUGUAUUUGGUGUACUUUCUCUUAUCAAUAGCGCCGCGGUACUGACUCUUCCUGAAACGAAGAAUGUCCCGAUGCCACGAACGGUAGAAGACGUGGCGAAGCUAAAAUAUUGGCGACAAUAUAAUCGAGAAUCUGUUAACUCCCUUAAUGACGUUUCCACUCAGUCAGAUAAAGGCACACAGACAAGCACCAACGAGUUGCCACUGUGCUGA